GUUAGCCGCUUCAACAUUCGUGCGCUUUUACUUCCAACGGUUAGUAUGGCCAAUUCGUUUCCCAUUCUACUUAUCGUGCUGCUCGCAUGUUCGUCCCAUUUGCUUCAUCUGCACGCAUUCGUGAAGCUUUUACCCUACGGCACGGAUGUGGAGUUUAUCAGCAAGGUGAAAAACAUUAACCUGUCGCACGCGUUCUAUCGGCGCGAAUCCAUCACGGACCAGUCGCUCGAUUUUGGCGUCACUAUUGUAAGCCCCGUGCGGGAUCUGAAGCUGAACUUCAUCUACUAUUCCGUGACGGGAAAUGGAACGGUUCGAACGGUACUGUUCAAGCGUGCGGUCGACAUGUGUUUCUACAUGCAGAACCCGAAAUCGGACCGCUUGGUAAAGGUGGUGUACGAUUAUGUGCGGCAGCGUACGAACCUACCGAAAAGAUGUCCCAUCCCUGCCGCCAACUACUACAUACGAAACAUUAAGCCGGCCGACGUGCCAGUGCCGGCCUUCAUCCCGGAAGCCGAGUUCAUACUGGAGCUCAUCUACCGGAACGAGGUGAAGCGUGAAACGAUGGUAGAGUUUCGAUUUUAUGGCAAGUUGGUAAGAAUUAUCGGAAGAAUAUGAACGGCUAAUAAAUAUAUUUCCUUGAGAGCUUCAUAAAGUAUAUCAAAACAAAGUUAUAUUUACCAAACAUACCAAAAA